GUAAGACAUUUAAGUGUGACUUUCUUAUUAAGUUUACUACCACAAAGAAAGAAAUUCAGCUGCAAUGGGUUCUCUUAUGGCAGGAUGGGACUCUAUCGCCCUGGAUCCUGAAUCAGCGACACUUGAAAGGAAUCGCUCGCUCACCAAAGAAGAAAUUGAUGCUUACUGGAGAACACGGAAGAAUAUAGAGGAAGAACACCUCAGAGCCAUUUCCAAUUUAUCAGAUACCAUUCAGGCCAAAAAGUAUGAAGAAUCAGACAGGUUUCAUAAGUCAAGUCCCAUGCCCUUGGCCCGCAUAAAGGAGUCCCUAGGCAUGGAUGUUGACACAAAAAGUUUGGAGCAGCUUAUCAAGAAAAAUGGGUGGUGGACUAAGAGCAGCUGGGCAUUUCUGAAUGAACCUCCAGUGAUAGAAGCUGCUUCCAACAACUAUGUAUCACAGUUUCACGUAGCCAACUUGGGAUCAUCCAAAAUUAACCCCAGAGAUGGAAUUAGUGCUUGAUUUGAGUCUUUCCCACUUCAUCUUGUAUAUAUCCACAAAUAUAGUUGGUCUCUCUGUAUAAAGCCUUCUAUUU